AUGACUAGCGAGUUAAAGAUGAAGCAAGCAAUAAUUGAUUCUCAGGCGUUAGAGAUGCUGAAGCUCCGUCAGGAAUUCGCGCAGAAAGCAAGUGAUGUGCAACAAAACGAUAGCACGCUUAAAGCGAUCCUUAAUGGACUUAAUUCAAAGGAACGACUUGUCGUGAGGAUGAUUAUUGAUAAGGCGAACUGCAAACACGGAAAUGGUAUGAGGUAUGACGCAGAAUGGAUCAUGGAGUGCCUCCUUCUGCGGAUCAAAAGCCCUAGAGCCUACAAACACCUCUGUUCAAACACCCUGCUUCCUUUGCCUUGCCUGGAUACUAUCCGCAGGUUGCUCAGCUCGAUGCCAGUGUCAUUCGGAUUCAAUGAAGAAGCCCUUUCAUCAAUAAAGCGGACGUUGUCAUCCCUGGAUCUUGGUUUCAGAAGAGGAUCUUUGGUAUGGGACGAGAUGUCCAUAACAAAAUCUGUCAAAUACGACCCGCAGAAGAUGGGAUUUGAAGGGUUUGUCGAUUAUGGCACUGGUGAUGUAAAUCAAGAUGUAGUGGGGAUCGAAGAGCAACUAGCAGACCAUUGCCUUUUAUUCAUUUUCCGACCAUAUCGUUCACCGUGGGUACAGCCUAUCGCUGUUUUUGCCACGAAGGGCGCAGCACCAGGACACGUGAUCUACCGUUUACUCGUAAAAGCAAUUGUUGCCUUAGAAGCGGUAGGAGCUAGAGUGAAUUCCGUCACGUGUGACGGAGCGCAGCCAAAUAAGUCAGCUUGGUCAGUAUGUGGAAUUAGUGGGUCGCCGGAUAAAGACGGAAACAUCUCGUGCUCAAUACAGCACCCUACGGCAAAGGAACCUAGAAGAAAGAUAUGGUUCCUACAAGACGUUCCGCACCUCUACAAAUGCGUGCGGAAUCACAUAUUCACCCGCCGCAAAGUUGUGAAGCCACGCCUGGAAAAAAUCAUGAAUAGUCCUACUGAGAAGGUGACCAAACGUACUAAGACUAACUCGGCCAAUAAACUUGUUCCAUGGAAAACAAGUUUUACACUCGAAAAAAUACAGUUCAAGGGUAAGCAAGUUUCGCACAAAGACUUCGUUCUCCUCUUUGAAACAGACAACGCAAAGAGAGGGGGAAUGAGUAUAGCUUACAAGCUAAGACAUGAGCAUAUUUAUUCAAAUGCUUUCCAAAAGAUGAACGUAAAGCUCAUGUCACAGGUGUUUUCCCAUUCUGUUGCCAAAGCAUUUGAUUUUUACAGAUCGAAGAAUCCAGCUACAAUGGAUGCUUUCCGUCACACUGAAGCAACCCAAGAGCUUGUGCAAUUGCUGAACAACUCAUUUGAUACCAUGAAUGGUAGACAUUUUGGAGAGCGAAUCUGGUCGGGCAACUGGCAGAGACACAAGAAGAAUUUGACAGACCUCCUCGACGCUUUAAAUGAUACUGAGGCCCAUUCAAAGGCUUCUAAAGAAAAUUUCAGGCCCUUUCUUUCGGAUACCAGUUUGAAGGCAAUGCGUGUCACCGUUAAUAGCACCAUCCAGUUGGCUGAGUUUCUUCUCGGGGAUGCAAUUACAACUAUGUCCUUACCGGGAAGUUUAAUCAGGAUUAGAUUUUUUGGCAUUGUUCGGUCGUGCGGAGGUGGCCAGGAAGCCCCUACGGCCUCUUCUUUUCUACGGAUUUAUCGGAUGCUGUCAAUUUAUGUACCGGUCCGCAAUGCGCUUCAUCGUGUAGAUGGAAAUUGUGACGAUAACGAAAGGAUGCACGUCCUAACAAGUUAUAAGGAUUGCAUGCUACAGAGCUUUCGUGAAAAUGUCAAGCAAGCUAAAGACAUCCGGAAGAGCCUUAGGGAUGAGUUGUUGAAAGGGUUGAUGUAUUCAAAUGAGUGCCAAAAGAAGGCACCAAACGUGGACCUUGAUAUUGUCCAGUCGAAUGCUACGUAUUACUUGUGUGGCUACCUCCUUCACUCUCGAGCAGAGCAAAUCAAUUGCAAUAUGUGUCUAGCUUUACUCUCCACGGAAGAAAACGAGCUACCGAGCGAUUUCUACGCUUCCCAUAUAACUAGUCUGAAAAGCAAAAGUUUCCUGCGUUUUGCUUCUCUUGCCUACAUGAGAGAUUCCUUCUACCAGGUCAUCCGUGAUGUUGCGUGCGACGGCCUGGUUUUGCCAAAAAUUUGUUGUGAAGAUCAUCGCACGGAAAUGGUUCCUUUUUUAAUAUUCGAAUACAUAGAAAUCCGAUAUCACAUGGAAGCCAAACGUUUAAAAAAUGAGAUUAGUCAGAAAUUAAAAGAAGAGCAGCAUAAGCUGCGCAAACUGUCUAAAAUGGUAAAUUAA